UAUCAGCAGCGUUUGAAUGGCAACAGGAAGGCAGCUAACUUUAACCUCGUUAUAACAACAUCUUUUUAAUGACUACACGCAGAGUUGCGUAUCGAUUAAUCGGCUGAUGACACGCGGUUUCAAGUCUGGGCGACGUCACGGGUGUGACUCGUGCUAAACAUCUGUCUGCAGAGGCAGGAAUCAGUCUGAUGAGGGGGCACCUACAACUGGCAGGAUGCAGCAGAAAAGGAACAUCCAGAUCAUCGAGUGGGAGGACCUCGACAAAAGGAAGUUCUACUCUUUCGGGGUGUUCAUGACGAUGACCAUCCGGGCCACCGUCUACCCAGCCACACUCAUUCGCACUCGGCUGCAGGUGCAGAGGGGCAAAUCCCUCUACAGCGGCACCUUUGACGCCUUCUUCAAGAUCCUGCGGUCGGAGGGUGUUCAAGGCCUUUAUCGCGGCUUUCUGGUCAACACCUUCACUCUCAUCUCAGGCCAGGCUUACAUAACCACCUACGAGCUGGUGAGGAAGUAUGUGUCCCAGUAUACUGAUGACAAUACGGUCAAAUCGCUGGUGGCGGGGGGCUCGGCCUCCCUGGUCGCUCAGAGCAUCACUGUUCCUAUAGAUGUUGUCUCUCAGCAGCUGAUGAUGCAGGGCCAAGGGGAGCACCUCACACGCUUUCGACUCAAUCUCAACACUGAGACUGGAAAGAAAAAAGUGUUUGGCCAAACCAGGACCAUUAUGACUCAGAUUUUUGCUGCUGAUGGUUUCCGGGGAUUCUACAGGGGAUAUGUGGCUUCUUUGCUCACUUAUAUUCCAAACAGUGCUGUCUGGUGGCCUUUCUAUCACUUUUAUGCUGAGCAACUCUCUAAAAUGGCUCCCAGUGACUGCCCUCAUCUGAUUCUACAAGCCAUGGCUGGACCUCUAGCUGCUGCCACCGCCUCAACUGUCACCAACCCAAUGGAUGUGGUCAGAGCCAGAGUACAGGUUGAAGGGAGGAAUUCGGUCAUAGAGACAUUCAGGCAGCUGAUCAAGGAGGAAGGCUGUUGGGGAUUGACGAAAGGACUGUCGGCACGCAUCAUUUCAUCCACACCCACCGCCAUCGUCAUGGUGGUUGGAUACGAGACGCUAAAAAGACUGAGUUUGCGUCCGGAGCUGGUGGACUCGAGACACUGGUAGAGGCUACCUGGACAGACAACAUAUGGACUUAUGUGCCAUUUUAGCCCUCCUGAGAACACUGGAUGAAAGAAAUGCUUGUUUUAAAAUAACAGCCUGGGGAACAAAAUGUAUCAGGCCACUUUAAACGGACAACAACUAGACCCAGGUUCACAGUUAGUUUGUGUCGCUGCUUAACAGGGUUGUUGCUUUUUAGUGCAAUGGAAAGUGGUGAUUGUGAUGAAGUUUUAACACUGGAGGAUGCAGACAAAUUAAUGCAACCAUAUUGGAUUAAUUGUCUACAUUCGGUCAACAAACAAAAAGUUAAUGUAUCGAUGCAUGCUUUACAAUCAUGUUCAACCUUCUUUGCAGUGGAGAAAAGUGGAAUUAAUUGCUGACAGACCGGUAUUAUCUUUUUUAAUUUGUUCAACUGGCCGGAGGGUUACUGUAGUUGUGCUUUCCCAAAGCCAAGCAAUGUCUGUCUCGCAUAAAAACCUGGUUUUGAUCAGUUCAGUGGAAGGUAGUAUAACUCAUGAUGACGCAUUCACAUCAGCAGUAAACUGAUCUUUUCCCAAGUGUUUGUUUCCUUACACUUGCCAAGCUGGCUUCUAUGUCCAUUCUGCAGUUCUCAUGGCCUUUUUAAAUUGCUGCCUUCAUAGUGCAAUCAGUACAAACCAUCUGCUUUUUGUUUUUAAAUUGCUGAACGUGCGUAAGAAGAACAGUAGGUAUUAGAACUGUGUACUAUGGCAGCCUCUCUGUUGUGGGUAUAUUUUAUUUACGGUUGUCAUGUACGCGUAAAAUAAAAAAAAUAAAAACAGUCAAAAUAAAUAAAUUCCUUGUAGAACAGUAUACAUGCAGUACAAUAUUUUAUCAGCAUUUUCGUAACAUACUAUGCUGUCUGUCUGGCAUUGUAGGAAAUAUUGCAGUGAUCAAGAUGGUUGGCUGACGUGGUGUAAUGACAACCAGGAAGUUGAGCAUAACUGAAGUAUUUCUGUGCUGAGCUGCCAGUUAAAACCUGUAAGACGAGUUGGGUUGAAGGACAGUAAGCUGAAAUAAUGCUCUUCCCCUGUUGUAACAGUAAAUGUUUGAGUGCAAUAAUGUACAUGUUUUAUCCUUUUUAGCACAAAAUGUGAUUGUAUAUUUCUUGUAAAUUGUGUGAAUAACUUGUCUUAAAGGAAUGCAUUGUACCUAAUUUAUUUUCUUCUUUCAAGUUUUUUUUGGGAUUAUGACCACAGAAGUGUCUGAACUUCAAAAUUUCACACUAUGUUAAGUUUGUUCUUCAUUUGUGUAACAUGAAUAACUUGUGUGUAGGUGUUGUUGCUUUUGUAACUUUUGUUUUUCAAAUUGCUUUCUAGGAAAGGUGAUUCUUUUCAAAAUAAAAUGUAAUUAGGUAGAACAUCAGAUGUGUUAAAUUUGUAGAACUGAUCAUGAAUAUAAAUAUUAGAUAUAUGUGACAUUAGAUGUUGUCACUGCGGGUAUUUUCAUCAUGGAGAAUGCUAAUUACUUGUUUUAGUUUGAAUACAAAUUCCUAAAUCUGAGUUAUAUAUAAAUGUGCUCAGGCAAUGCCAAGAUGUGUUAAAACAUUUAAUGGACCCUGAUGAACUCUGGAAUACCUUGUAUAUUCACUUGGAGUAAAUUUCCUAAACGCAUUGACACAUUUGCACCUUUUUAGGGCCAUCAUCUUUCUUUGCACAACUUUCAGUAACUCUAAGGUGUGAUUAUGUUGUCGGUGAGCAGCAGAGAUUGGUCUGAUCAGAACUCGACCGUCAUAUAUUCUGUACAUGUGGUUUCACAUCAUCUCUGUGUCUUGGUUCAAUAAAACAUCA